GGCAACCACUGCCAGCCCUGCGCCGGAGGAGCAGAAGGCCCAAGCAGCCCCCGAGGAGGCAGCCACAGUGACGGCGCCAGAGAGGGUUGUGGGCAAUGGCCGGGCCCCGGACGUGGCCCCUGAGGAGGCAGAUGAGGCCAAGAAGGAGGACUUCUCAGAGGCGGACUUGGUGGACGUGAGCGCCUACAGUGGGAUCGGGGAGGACUCUGGGGGCAGUGCCCUGGAGGAAGACGAUGAAGACGACGAGGAGGAUGGGGAGCCCCCCUACGAGCCCGAGUCCGGGUGCGUGGAGAUCCCGGGGCUCUCGGAGGAGGAAGACCCAGCCCCGAGCCGGAAGAUCCAUUUCAGCACCGCGCCGAUCCAAGUGUUCAGCACCUACUCCAAUGAGGACUAUGAUCGGCGCAACGAGGACGUGGAUCCCAUGGCGGCCUCUGCCGAGUACGAGCUGGAGAAGCGGGUGGAGAGGUUGGAGCUGUUUCCUGUGGAGCUGGAGAAGGACUCCGAGGGCCUGGGCAUCAGCAUCAUUGGCAUGGGGGCCGGCGCGGACAUGGGCCUGGAGAAGCUGGGCAUCUUCGUCAAGACUGUGACCGAGGGUGGCGCGGCCCACCGGGACGGCAGGAUCCAGGUGAAUGACCUCCUGGUGGAAGUAGAUGGCACGAGUCUGGUGGGGGUGACCCAGAGCUUUGCAGCCUCCGUGCUCCGGAACACCAAGGGCCGAGUGCGGUUUAUGAUUGGCCGGGAGCGGCCAGGAGAGCAGAGCGAAGUGGCCCAGCUAAUCCAACAGACCCUGGAACAGGAACGAUGGCAGCGGGAGAUGAUGGAACAGAGAUACGCCCAGUACGGGGAGGAUGACGAAGAGACAGGGGAGUAUGCCACUGACGAGGAUGAGGAGCUGAGCCCCACAUUCCCGGGUGGCGAGAUGGCCAUCGAGGUGUUCGAGCUGGCAGAGAACGAGGAUGCGCUGUCCCCCGUGGACAUGGAGCCUGAGAAACUGGUGCACAAGUUCAAAGAGCUCCAGAUCAAGCAUGCCGUGACCGAGGCAGAGAUCCAGCAGCUGAAGAGAAAGCUGCAAAGCCUGGAGCAGGAGAAGGGGCGCUGGCGGGUGGAGAAGGCCCAGCUGGAGCAGAGUGUGGAGGAGAACAAGGAGCGCAUGGAGAAGCUGGAGGGCUACUGGGGCGAGGCCCAGAGCCUGUGCCAGGCCGUGGAUGAGCACCUGCGGGAGACCCAGGCCCAGUACCAGGCCUUGGAGCGCAAGUACAGCAAGGCCAAGCGCCUCAUCAAGGACUACCAGCAGAAGGAGAUUGAAUUCCUGAAAAAGGAGACCGCACAGCGUCGGGUGUUGGAGGAGUCAGAACUGGCCAGGAAGGAAGAGAUGGACAAGCUUCUGGACAAGAUCUCAGAGCUGGAAGGAAACCUGCAAACACUGAGGAAUUCCAAUUCUACUUAACAGGAAUCAUUCCUUGACCGGACAAUUAAGAAUCUGUUCCCAUCAUCCUCCCUUCCCUGUCCUUACUACCCCACCCCACCCCUAUCCAGCCUGGGGACAGGUGCCCCGACUCCCCCUCCCCAUCCACCCAACCUCCCCCAGCUUCAGGGACCAGAGGGACCUUAUCACAGGCCCCUUAAGGUGGUGGCCCGGGCGGACAGAGGUGGCUGGAAGGGUGGCCUCCUUCUUGCCCCGUGGGGUUGAGGGAGAGGCCGAGAGAUGCCGAGGGCUGGCCUGGGUGUGGAUGGACUCAAGGACCUGCAGACCAAACUGCCAGACUUUACAACCUCCAGCUUUUGUCUCUGGACUGGAAUGGGGCUGGGGGCUUUCCCAGCAUCUCCUCAACUGGAGGCUGCUCCCUGCCCAUGGGGCACCUUGACUGAGUCACCUUCUUGGCCCUGCCCUCUUCCCCCCAUCCUUGUGCUGUCUGUUGCAUUCCAGCCCUCCUGUCUGGGGGGUUGCCUCAACACCACCUCCCGUCCUUGUUCCCUAUCCCAGGAGGGAUAGUCCACCCCAGAGCCCGAGUCUGGGCCUGGCCCUGCACUGAUUUCUCAUGUAUCCUUCGGGAAAAGGGGAGUGAGUAGGAAAAAGGGAGAGUCCAGGACACCUGGUUCCCAGCUCCCCCUUUCCUGGGGCAGCAGCCCUCUAUUUUUCCUUGUGCCUCCCAUCUCCCAGGUGCCAAAUAGCCAUAACCUCCUCCUGGAACUGUUCAACCUCUCUGGGUCCAGAUUUCCUGGCCAAGCCUGGGAAUGCCAGGGAGAGAGGCCAGCUUUGGGGGCCUGGCUGCAAGACCCUGGUCUUAGGCAAGGAGAACACUUCUCCCUGGAGAGCCAGGCCCGCUGGCCCUGCCCUGCCCAGGGCGACACCUGGAAGCCUUGUACUAACAUCGCAGAAAUUCAGCCUCACCCCACCCCUACCCCACAGUUUUCCCAUAUUUUGACUGGAGGGCAACAUUUUACUACUACUCAUCUUUUUGGAGACCAAGGCUGCUCUGCUGGCAGCCUGCUUUCUAAGUGAAAUCGACUCCGUUUCCCCACUUUAACCCCAAAUUGUGGCUUGGACCAAGGGAGGUGUGACCCCCGCCAGGCCCCCUCCCCUUUAAAAAUCCAUCUCAUUUUACCACUUCCUUAGAACCCCUGCCCCAAGCCUGGGUUUUUGUUCAUUUUUAAAAACGGACAACCCUGUCCCGUCCGUUUCGGCUUCUCC